AUGUCGAACAUAGGUGAUAUAGAUUUGUUUCCGGGGGGAAUAUCAGAAAAAGCGGUACCAGAUGGCCUUGUUGGUCCUUUGUUCGGUUGUAUUAUCGCAGCACAGUUUCAACGACUUAAGUAUGGCGAUCGGUACUGGUACGAAAACUUAAACUCGUAUUCCAAUGUCAGAUUCACCUCUGAACAACUUUCUGCCAUAAAAUCGAUGACCUUUGGUAAAAUAUUAUGCGAAGUUUUCAGUGAGGAUUCUAAUCCCUUGACAAACGUUCCUGCUGAUGUCUUUAGAGUCAAUCAGGCGUCAACAAUUGCAUGUGCUGAUUCAAAAAUGGAUCUUAGUUCGUGGGGAGUUGUGACAAGUAAAUGA